AUCUCACACAAGACCACGAAACCACACCAGGGCCAGAGCCUCACUCAACUCACCAGCCUGCUGCCAUCAUGAAACCGGCUAUCGCCCUCGCCCUGGUCACCCUGGCUCUCUGCUGCAGCCCUGCUUCUGCAGAGAUCUGCUCGAGCUUUCUCGAUGUCGUUAAAACCCUCAUCGUGGGCACACCUUCGAGUUAUGAGACUGCGGUUGACGUUUUCAGCCCCGAUGCAGACAUGAAAGUUGCAACGAACGGGCUGAAGAAGCUGGUAGACUCGAUCCCCGAGAACAAGAAGGACAGCAUCAUGAGGCUCAUGGAAAAAAUUAUAAAGAGCCCACAGUGUGCUUAGAUCUGGAAGCUGAAGACCUCCAAAUGCCAAAGCCCCUGCCGCUCGCCAGAGGCUCCCCCCUCUCCCUCCCCACCAGCCCGGCCUGGCUCCCCUCCAUAAAGUUCA